AUGGGCAGAGUGCCGGCAUGGAAAAAGUCGCAAUCAGAUCGACUUCGAAAAGCUCGCUUGAAAAAGGAACUGAAGGUCAAGAAGCACCCUGAGCUUAUUCACAUUGUUGAUUACGUGUGCGAAGUAACAAAGGAAGUCUUCCUGCAACUUUCUAUCCGAACAUGGAACGAUCUUAUCCAAAAGACCCUCUCCAAUGCUUUCCAUGACUUCAGCUUGAUGCAGUUGAAACAUUCAAUUUCUUUCACAAAAGAUAUCAUUCCACCUCAAAAUGUUCUCAAGCCUUUCAUUGAAAAAUAA